AUGAAGACUAGUGCAGAGUUUCUCAGAUAUGCGAGUCCUAAUGAGAUGCGAACGAUAUCCCGUGAGGAUGUGGGAUAUUAUCACGCUGUAGUUAUUGGCGCAGUGUACGACUUUACUGAAGAGAUCAAUAUCAAGUCUCCAUCAACCUACUUCCACGCUCUUAGACGGUGCAUUGAAGAGCAUCCCUUCUUCUGUGUUACAGUUGGAGACAGAAACACCGACAAAGCUUACUAUGAGCAUGUGUCAAGCAUCAAUGUUGAGCAACACAUCUCCAUCAUCUCAGACCCAGAGAUUGGGACCAACCACUUGGAAGCUAUUGGAAGAUCGAUCAAACCAGAGUUGGACCGUCCGUUUGUCUCCGGCAUCCCUCCUUGGAGAAUCGUAGUCCUCCCUCUGAGCCCGACUCAGUGCCAUGUCGCUUUUGCUUUCUCGCACUCUAUCGGAGACGGUAUUACUGGGGUGAUUUUCCAUCGGACCUUUCUCCAGGGGUUGAGAGAGACACCCGCAGCUAUUCCAUCGUCUACCAUUGCUCCACCAAGGAAACCUUUACCUGAGCCGUUUGACACCCCUGAGAGGCUCACGAUCUCGUGGUCAUUUUUGCUGGCACCCCUUCUUGCCCAAUACAUGCCCUACUUCCUUGUCAGAAUGCUGGGCAUUCGUGUCUCGGCCUCUUAUGUCAACGAGGGGACAUGGACAGCGGGUCCUAUCUUUUUUGACGCCAAAACAAACCAGAAUAAGCUCAAGAUCAGACAGAUUGAAGCAUCCCAGAUUAACAAAGUUGUGCAGCUUGCAAGGACUCACGAUGCCAAAUUCACGGGGGUUUUCGAACAGCUUAUCGCUCGCGCACUUAGUAAAGCCGUUAAAGACAACAGCGUCACGAACUUUGUGGGCCAAACAGCGAUAAAUAUGAGAACCUCAAUUGGAAUGUCCAAUGACGUGGCGACUGAAGCAGUAUCAGGUUGCUACACCGUCCAUCUUCGCAGCGAAACCACGACAGGUCCCUUAUCAGAGCAAGAAUGGAAAUUAGCUAGCGAAGCCACGAAAGAAUACGCAAACGCUGCGGUCAAACUUGAUGACAACCCCAUCGGUCUAUUGCGGUACGUGUCCAGCAUAAGAGGGUGGACUCUUGGCAAGAUUGGCAAGAAAAGAGACGCAUCAUAUGAGCUUAGUAAUGUUGGCGUUUUUGACGGGGAUGGUAGUUCUAAUACAGUGGGAAAAGACAAGGUCAGGGCGACAAAAAUGACUUUUGCGCAGCCUGGUCUUAUAGCAUCAUGCCCCAUUUCUUUCAACGUCGCCUCUGUCAAGGGAGGAGACUUGGUGUUUACCGUUACGUGGCAGUCCGGCGCGUUGAAGGGGCUUGUUGGUGAUGAGGCGAUGGAAGACAAGAUUGUGGAUGAGAUCUGCGAUAACCUCACGCAGGGAUUUAACGAUAUUGCCUAA